AAAAAUAAACUCAUCCUCUAUGUCCUUUAUUCUCAGUUGCCUAUAUUGGCAUCGUCAGUGGUUAGUCUCUAUUUUCUUGAACUCACGGAUGUCUUCAAACCUGUGCACUCCGGAUUUAGCUGCUAUGACCGGAGUCUUAGCAUGCCGUACAUCGAACCAACCCAGGAGGCAAUUCCAUUCCUCAUGUUGCUUAGCUUGGCAUUUGCUGGACCUGCAAUUACGAUCAUGGUAGGAGAAGGAAUUCUGUACUGUUGCCUGUCCAAAAGAAGAAACGGGGUUGGACUGGAGCCCAACAUUAAUGCCGGAGGCUGCAACUUCAACUCUUUCCUCAGAAGAGCUGUCAGAUUCGUUGGUGUUCAUGUAUUUGGACUAUGCUCAACAGCUCUUAUUACAGAUAUCAUACAACUGUCCACAGGAUAUCAGGCACCAUACUUUCUGACUGUGUGCAAGCCAAACUAUACCUCUCUGAAUGUAUCUUGCAAAGAAAAUUCCUAUAUUGUGGAAGAUAUUUGCUCAGGAUCUGACCUUACAGUUAUCAACAGCGGCAGGAUAUUUACAGUUGGUCAUGGCUUACAGUUAAUAUGUGUCUUGUACUGGCUUAUGUGGAAGAGACUAAACUUCUAUGAUAGUUAUAUCUCCAUUGGCCUUUAUGCCGUGGGAAAUUUUCUGCCUAGUGAAGAGAGCAUGUUUCAGCACAGAGAAGCGCUCAGGUCUCUGACGGACCUCCACCAGGACCCCAGCCGAGUUUUAUCAGCUAAAAACGGGAGCAGCAGUGAUGGCAUCGCUCACACGGAAGGCAUCCUCAACCGAACCCCCAGAGACGCCAGCUCACUGACCAACCUGAAAAGGGCAAACGCUGAUGUCGAAAUCAUCACCCCGCGGAGCCCCAUGGGGAAGGAGAACAUGGUGACCUUCAGCAACACCCUGCCGAGAGCCAACACCCCUUCCAUUGAAGACCCUGUCAGAAGAAACGCGACCAUUCACGCCUCCAUGGAUUCCGCUCGGUCCAAGCAGCUCCUCACCCAGUGGAAGAAUAAGAACGAAAGUCGCAAGUUGUCCCUGCAAGUGAUAGAGACGGAGCCCGGACAGUCACCGUCCAGAUCCAUAGAGAUGAGGUCAAGCUCCGAGCCAGCCAGGGUGGGGGUGAACGGAGACCACCACGGUCCUGGCAAUCAGUACCUCAAGGUCCAGCCUGGCAGCGUCCCCGGCUGUAACAACAGCAUGGCUGGAGGGCCACGGGUGUCCAUUCAGUCCCGACCCGGGUCCUCGCAGUUGGUGCACAUCCCCGAGGAGACCCAGGAAAACAUGAGCGCCUCCCCCAAGAGCAGCUCUGCCCGGGCCAAGUGGCUGAAAGCGGCCGAGAAGACUGUGGCCUGCAACAGAAGCAACAACCAGCCCCGGAUCAUGCAAGUGAUAGCCAUGUCCAAGCAGCAGGGCGUCCUCCAGAGCAGCCCCAAGAACGCGGAAGGCAGCACGGUCUCCUGCACGGGCUCUAUCCGCUACAAGACCUUGACAGACCACGAACCCGGUGGGAUCGUGAGGGUCGAGGCUCACCCCGAGAACAACAGGCCCAUCAUCCAGAUCCCGUCCACCGAAGGCGAAGGCAGUGGCUCCUGGAAAUGGAAAGCCCCCGAAAAGGGCAGCCUUCGCCAGACCUACGAGCUCAACGACCUCAACAGGGACUCGGAAAGCUGCGAGUCCCUGAAGGACAGUUUCGGUUCUGGAGACCGCAAGAGAAGCAACAUCGACAACAACGAGCAUCACCACCACGGCAUCACCACUAUCCGCGUCACCCCAGUGGAGGGCAGUGAAAUCGGUUCAGAGACGCUGUCCGUCUCUUCAUCCCGCGACUCCACCCUGCGAAGGAAGGGUAACAUCAUCCUAAUCCCUGAAAGAAGCAACAGUCCCGAAAGCACUAGAAAUAUCUUCUACAAAGGAACCUCCCCCACACGCGCUUACAAGGAUUGAGGGAUGAAUGGUCGUUCUGGCCUUUGGGCGACCCGCAAAAGACCACAUGUGCUGUGUUCCUGCAGAAUGGGAAGCCUCACCCACUAGAUUGUCCACCAUCAGCCCGGAUCUCUUUAACUCUUGAGAACGAACACACUCAAACUUGUAGAUUUCACAUCAAGGGGAGGGAAAAGCACAAUGCAAGAAACCUAAGUAAUGUGAUCAUGUGAAGAGUUUUCUUAAGACUUUUCAGCAAACUCAAAAGGUUUUGCAGAGGGCGGUAUCAAAAGAAAGUGGUUUCCUUUAAAUGUAUACUAUUUUACUUCCUGAAUGUGCCAACUUUGGGAAUUUUUCUUUACAAUUAGCUGUGAGAAUCCAGAACACACAGGUUUUCUCUACAGCAGAGGCCAUGCAGUAUUAUAUAUUCAUUUUGCAGAAUCUGCACCUAAAGCUCAAUACGGGUGGUGCUGAUUAUUAUAGUACAUAUACCAUGUAAACUCUCAAACUCUAUUUAGCUGUGAAGUAGUAGUGUGCAAUUCCUUGUCAAAGAAAUGCUACUUUAUUAAGAAGAUGCUGGCUGCUUUGUGUUAGAAUAGGACAACCUGCAGCUUCUCCAUAGUGGCUCUAACAGUCAAAACAUGAAAUGGUUUAUGUGCAUUUCUUCAAAAUUAUGCUUUCUUUAACAUCAAAAAUUGUGUAGAAAUAUUUUCAGUGAAAGGGAAUAUCUAGUACUUUUCUGCAUAGUUUUUCUGCUACGUAUUUUUUAUUUAAUUACAGAUACUGCUAAUGAAGAAUCUGUUUUUUAGUGAGUAAAUUUGCAUAAUUUAAACAAUAUAUUGUUUUAGAGAAUCUUUUGAAAUCAUCGUGAUCAUAUUUUGCAUUCUAUGGCUUCUCCUUUAUUUACAGAUUAAAUUUUUUUUGGAUGUUAUAGAUAUGUUCUCCUACUUUGAAAGCAAAAAUAACAAUUGACAUUCCUUGAACAAAAUAUACUGCUGUGAAUUUAUAACUAAGAAACCUGAGCCAAAACCUGACUUUGUGGGUUACAUUGCCAGAAGUGUUUGUCAAGUCUACCUGUAGAUGUUGUCAAACACCUGGCUUAGGUUGCCAUUUUAAUAAGUGAUCCAAAAAUUCCACUUUGUUCCAGAUUGUUAACUUUCUCCAAUAUCCUGGUGACCAGUAAAUGACAGCCAUAGUAGUUGGGUUUUCCCCAAAAUAUUUUUAUUAAUUGAACACCAAUGGGAAGAAUCUAAAACAAUAUAAAUUGAUAAAUAAAAGUAUCUCACAGUAUAAAUUAAGAAUGUUCUUCAAGAUAUCUGAAUAGGCACAAUUUUAGUGCUUAACAUGCAAACAACAGUUAUUGCUACCUAAUCUGAAUCAAGCUUGAGCCUAAAUCAAAGGAAACCAAUACUAUUGAUAAUAAGAAGAUAAAAACAAGAUAUUUUGAAAUGUUUUCCAACAUAAAAGUUUUAAGUAUAAAGAAAUAUUUGGUUCUUGAAAUUUGAUAUUAAACCUUUUUUACUCCAUUUCUUAAGAAUUCUCAUAUACACUUGAUGAUUGCCGAGGGGAAAAAGCAAACAACAGAGCUGGUUGACCUGAUCUUAGUCCAGUUUUCAGUGAGAACGAAAGUUGUUUGGAGAUGAAUAGAAUCACAUCAUUAUCAGUUUCUACAUGAAAAGGGCAGAGCUUUCUAGAGAAACAAACCUCCUAAGGCAUUAGGAAUUUAGAUAAACCAGCAGAAUUGAAAACUCUGGCAAUAAAACAGACUCAACCAUAUCCCUUCUGGCAAUUUCCUUCUCAGAGGGAGGAGUGGGAGUAAAAUGUUGCCUUCCCCACUUCCCACCACCACCAUCAUAAUGACACUCCUACUGGCUUUUGCCAGUUUAUAGAGGGAAAGGUGGACUGGUUUUAGUACUCUGAAGAAAAAAAAGAAAAAGCUGCAGCAUUUCAGGUGCAGUAUAAUAUUUCCUAAUCUUUCCUAUUUCUUAACAAAAGAUUUUAAAGUACUUCUCUAAUCAUUGAAGUUUUUUUUUCUUUACAUAAAUAUUGAUAUAUUCUUUUCUACUCAAAGUGCCAAAGGCUACAGUUUUUAAUAACUUAAAUUGUACCACAUUGUUAAGGAAAUAUAAUGAUAGACACUAGAACUCAGACCUCUGCAUGUAUAUUUGAUAACACAUCUUUUGUAAAAA